AUGCUUUCUACUCCAUGCAUCCAAGGUAGAUCAUGUGAUUCUUGUGUCAUCCAUCGUGCAGAUACAUUCAUUCAGACUGUAGAAUACGGCAAAACGUACAUGUUGCGAAUCAUCAACGCCGCUCUCAAUGCCGAGCUCUUCUUCGCCAUUGCCAACCACACAUUGACUGUCGUAGAGAUUGAUGGGGCAUAUGUGAAACAGUUAGCGACACCAGCCGUCAUGAUUGCUCCUGGACAGACCACCACCGUCCUGCUUACAGCCAACAUCGUAUCUGGUGCUGGAGACUUCACUAUCGCAGCCAGGCCGUAUGUCACUGCCAUCGUCCCCAUUGACAACACCACCACUAUUGGCUUCCUACAUUAUGGAAAGACCUUGAAAAUGGCAACACCCAACGAUCCUCAAAACAUCUCUCUUGAUUUCCUUCCACCCAUGCGAGACACUGCCUUCAACACCGACUUCUCCAACAAACUCCAGAGCCUUGCUUCUUCCAGCUUCCCAUGCAAUGUCCCCCAGACAGUCGACAAGCACCUGUUCCUCUCUGUAAGCCUCAACCUCCAAAACUGUCCCCCAAAUAAGAUAUGCAAAGGCUUCUUUGGCAAACGACUUUCGGCCUCCCUUAACAACCAAUCCUUCAUUCGCCCACCUGUUUCCAUGUUGGAGUCCUGUUAUGGCAACCUCACCAAUGGCGGUCUCCUGUCGGAUUUCCCCGAAAACCCAACUCACCCUUUCAAUUACACUGCCCCAACUCCACUGGAUGCCAAUAUGAACUCUGAAUUCGGAACUAGGAUGAUCCUUGUCCCUUACAGCACCAAUUUGGAGUUUGUUCUUCAAGACACCAGCUUUAUCAAUGUGGAGAAUCACCCCAUCCACAUCCACGGCCAUAACUUCUUCAUUGUUGGCAGUGGAUUCAGAAACUUCAACAGUGAGCAGGACCCAGCGGGUUACAAUCUGGUGGACCCGCCUGAGAGGAAUACUGUGGCAGUCCCAAGUGGUGGAUGGGCGGCAAUCAGAUUCCAAGCGACUUAUCCUGGCGUUUGGUUCUUGCACUGCCAUCUUGAGGUGCACACGACAUGGGGAUUAGCCACGGUGUAUAUCGUCAGUAAUGGGCCUGAGCCUUCUCAGUCCAUCCUUCCCCCUCCCAAAGAUCUUCCCCAAUGCUGAUUCUUUCAUUACUGUUCAUCCAAUUGCUCAUUCACAAGUAAUUAUGUGAUUCCAAUAAGUUGUGAUUAUCCACGCCCCACUUCAUUGCCUACUUGGGGCGAGGAACAAUUUUUUAAAAAAAA